GUUUGGUUGAUAUUUAAGUAUUUAAUUGAUUUGUAGUGGGACAACUCGAUAAUCUUAAAGUUAAGCUGUUGUCUGGUGUGACGCUUUUUCGCCGCUUCGGUCAGCCGCCCUGUGCGCCUUUAAGUCCAUCUUUACGGAGUUGGCGUAAGAAUAUGGAGGAAGUGAAGGCACUGGAGGAGAAUAUGGAGGUGGUGAAGUCGCUGGAGGUUCAGGUGGAGGAUCUUCAGGCUGAAGUGUUGAGGCUGCAGCACCAACAGCAGAAGAAUCAGAAGGACAUGAUGUUUGAUUUCAGGGGACCCAUGCAGGAUGCUCUGUCAUACCUGCUCCAUCAGGAGGGAGGAACAAGAGAGGAGGUGCUGAGCAGACUGAAGGAGCAGGUGGAGGCGAUGGAGGAGGAUCUGAAGCGACAGACACACAUGAACCGCAUCCACCUGAGCAGCUGCAGCUCACAAAUGCUGGAAAGUGGGGGCAGCAGGCUGCUCCAGCAGCUGUCCAUCUCUGGUCACUGUCCUGAGCUGAUGUUCCAGGUGCAGUUUGGGCUCUCGGAGGUCAAGGAGGAUCAGAGGUCUGAGAGGAGGAUCAGGGAUCUGAACGUGGUGAUGGAUACCAGCGACCUGCACAGCUUAAGCGACUUCCUGUCCUGCGUGGAGGAGAGCGGUGACAUCCUGCUGCUCUUCAGGACUCUCAGGACUUUCUCAAUGAGAUGUGAUGAGCGGCAGAGAACCUUUCAGCACUUCCAGGACAAAUAUCCAUCCGCUGUCCGUCUUCCUGCUGGCUGUGGGUCAGAGGUCAUGACCCUGAACCAUCCUCAGCUUCCUGGCUGCGUCUUGGUGCUUCAUUGGUCAUUUGAUGUUUCCAGAGAGGGCGGAGUCACACCAAAGAUGGACUUGCUGACCAAAAUCCCAGAGAAAGCACUGCAGCUAUUCUCACCACAGACUGUAGGAGGCGCCACUGAGGCCUUCCAGAGCCUGCUGAGGAUUCUGGGUCCCGAGGCAGCCAUAGAGAGCAUCAUCAGGGCAGUCAGCCUAUCAUCUUAGAGGGUGUUCACUAAGCCACGCCCACUAGUACUAAACCAAUCCUAUUAGUGCUGGUAUUUGACACGACACAGAUGAAGCAGUGAUCAGACAGUGUUCGUUCUUAGAAAGCUUUAAUUGAUACAAACUGCUCUGUACUGCGAGCGCACGCUCGACUAAAAAAAUAAAUAAUUUAAAUACAAAAUGCUUUUUGUAUUUGUCUCAUGAAAAGACCAACAAGAUUACAAACACUUCAGGAGGAGGAUCGUUCUAUUUGCCACGCCCACCAAAUGGCGGAUUUUGGGCAGUAAAUUUGUCCAACUUGAGUUGUGGAUCGGAUAGCACAGUGGCUUAGUGGUUAGCACGUUUGCCUCACAAGAACGUUGUGGGAUCAAUUCCCGCCUGUGGCCUUUCGUGUUUGUAGGUGUUCCCUCUGGCUUCCUCCCACAUCCAAAGACAUGCAGGUUCGGUGGACUGUGACCCUGUGACAGACUGGGCACCUUGUGCCCUGUGACUGCUGGGAUAGGCUCCACCCCCUGCGACCCUUAACUGGAGUAAUUUUUUGAAGAUGAGUGAGUUGUGGAUCUUGGUGUUUUUCACAGCGGUGGGUCACAAACUCAUGACAGCCCCUCCCAAGAUGGUGGAUGAAAAUAUCGCAGAAGGAGCUCGGCGUCUGCUCUGGUGUUUAUCUCUGGUUUGUGCAACGGUGGAAAAACAUCUUGACCUUUCUGCUCAUUUUAAAUCACACAUCAUCAGAUGAUGAAAGUGUCGUCAUGUCAAGGUUACCUUAAACAUCAAUCAAUCAAUCAAUUUUUUUAUAUAGCGCCAAAUCACAACAAACAGUUGCCCCAAGGCGCUUUAUAUUGUAAGGCAAGGCCAUACAAUAAUUAUGUAAAACCCCAACGGUCAAAACGACCCCCUGUGAGCAAGCACUUGGCUACAGUGGGAAGGAAAAACUCCCUUUUAACAGGAAGAAACAUGAGACACAGACACACUACACGCUCACAACUGUCAGAAAAUCUGAAUUUUUUUCUGGUCCACUGACUUUAAAAUAAAAAAAAAUCACGAGCGUAGAGUUAAAAAAGGACUCGUAGGCUCAUAAGAACCGUUUUCACAGCUGAGUUCAAUCUGUCAGCGCUGUAUGACAUCAUGAAGAAUUUAAAUUCUUUCAUGUGAUCAUAACAUUUGACCAUCAUACAACAUCAUUAACGGAGCGUGGAGAAAAUAAAUCGCAGUCUGAUGUUAGUCCUCUACGUUAAGAGAUUAACUUGAGGAUCAGGAGUCUGACAAAUUAGUUUCAUCCAAUCAGAGGUCAGCGAGCUUGUGAUUAGAUGAAACUGGACUUUGCUGAAAUGUUUGAUUGCAGCAAGUCGCACAUUAUGUUUUAUUUCUUUAAGUAACAUACAGACGGAUUUUAAACAAAUUAAUAUUUUAUUUAUAUUUUCUGUGAUUUCUGUCGUAGCAAAAACAAACUUCAACGCUGAG